AUGUCGGAACAGUCUCGUCCCGGGACGAGUUCAGGGCGACCGACAACCUCUGGUGGUCGCCGAACCGGUACAGCUCGAAGUAGACGUCGACAACCUACAGCAAGAUUAGAUACAGCCGCUUCAGGGAUCAGCGCAGAUGAGUUACCUGAUCAAGAAUUCUACAAGGAAGGCGAUGAGGAUGAGGAGGAAUUUGAUGAGGAAGAAGAAGAGGAGGAGGACGAAGAGGUUUUCGCUUUUCACAGACCUACAACAGCAGCUGUACCUGGUUUAGGUGCUGUCUCAGAUUAUUCGACUUCAGCACCGUCAUCAAGUCAUGUACCGACUACGGCUGGGACCAGUACAAAUAUCUCAACAGGCCUUGAAGAAGGAGACGUUCGCACACCCGGGCUAAGCAACACUCCACGAUCGCUUAACGGCAAUGGUACUGUCCCGACACCUACCGGUGUCGUGGAUAUUGGAGGACAUCUUCCUGAAUUGGCAUAUGACACCUCGAAUCCUCCACCUUUCAGCGGGCGAUACAAUCCAAACAACUCGUCGUUUGCUUUCUCCAUGUCAUCAGCGGGUGAAUCAAGUGGACCUGUUAUGGCUCGUAAAUCAAGAAGACCACCUUCUGGAGGUUCUGUACUCGAUAAACUACAACGUCGUCGUGGCAGUGCAAGAUCAGGUACGGCAACUACAGAUUUCACUACUACGACAAACAUGUCAAGACUUUCCGAAGAUUCAGGUCUAUCAGAACCCGGUUUAUCAUACCGUCCAACUACCUCGAACCGUAGAAUGAAAUCAUCAGCCCCACUCAUCUCAGAGUCCGACCUUACAAGCGAAGGUAGAGGCUGGAGUAGGGGUAGCUACGGUAUGACUGAACUCACAGGGGACAUGACGGUUCCAGAUGGAAAAACGACUUGGGGUGACGGUGUAGGGGGAUUACACAAAGAAACUAGUGAUAUUGGUGACGAAAGCCUGGGUAUAUAUGAUCCUGACAUGGUGGAAGAGGAUAGUCCUUAUCCUGAAGUUCGCGCCUCUGUCUCCAAUAUUGACGAUCCCGAAAUGCCAGCACUCACUCUUCGAGCUUGGUUCAUCGGUUUGUUCUUCGUCGUCAUCGGUUCUGCCAUCAAUACCUUCUUCCAUUUCCGUACUCCUGCACCUUACAUCUCCCCAUUGAUCAUACAGGUCAUCGUGUAUCCUGUUGGCAAAUUUGCUGCUUGGUUACUGCCAAUAACGACCUGGCACUUCCCAAAGUGGCUUGGCGGCUCCCAAUUCACGCUCAAUUCCGGUCCAUUCAAUAUCAAAGAACAUACUGUCAUCGUGAUGAUGGCGAACGCGGCUAUUUCACCUGCUUAUGCACUUUACGCGACAGUGUCAAGCGAGCUGUACUACAAGCAUAAAUUUGGAUACGGUUUUGAUAUCAUGUUCAUAUUGGCUACUCAGCUCACAGGAUUCACCAUGGCUGGUAUCUGCAGACGAUUUGUCGUUUGGCCGGCUUCGAUGAUCUGGCCUGGUAUCUUGGCUAUCACUACCAACCUGAACACCCUCCAUGCCGAAGAAGAUGGUUUCCAAGGUGGCAUGAGUAGAUUCAAGUUCUUGAUCAUUGGCAUAGCUAGUGCUUUUGCUUGGUAUUUUCUCCCUGGAUUCCUCUUUACUGCUCUUUCGUAUUUCUCCUACGCGUGUUGGAUUGCCCCUCACAACAGCGUCGUCAACCAGCUUUUCGGCGUUUCUACUGGUCUUGGCAUGGGGGUUCUAACUUUUGAUUGGACACAAAUAACAUGGAUUGGCUCGCCCCUGAUUGCACCUUGGUGGGCGGAAGUCAACGUUGGCAUAGGCUUUAUACUAUUCUACUGGAUUCUUGUGCCAACCCUGUAUUACAACAAUGUUUGGGAAUUCGCCUACUUGCCUGUGAACGUUAUCCAAGCGGCUGAUCGAUUUGGCUCAUCAUACGAUAUAUUCAACAUUUUGACCGAUGACGUCCGGUUGAACGAGACUGCCUAUGCUUUAUAUUCUCCCGUUUAUCUCUCUGCGACUUUCUCGAUGACUUUCAUGUUGGCUUUCGCACUUGCCACUGGAUUGUUGGUUCACACAGCGUUGUAUCAUGGACGAAGAAUCUACAGAGCGAUCAUCAAUGUCCACACGGAAGCCGACGAUAUCCACAUCAAACUAAUGAAACAUUACCCAGACGUACCCGAUUGGUGGUAUUUAGCUUUAUUCGCCAUCGUCUUUGUCAUCUCUGUGACAGCUAUAGAGGUCUUCCACACUAGUCUACCAGUCUGGGGAUAUGUUAUCGCCGUUGCAAUCCCAUUCGUAUACAUGAUUCCUACGGCUUUCAUAUACGCCAUGACAUCACAAUUACCGGCUAUCAAUCUCCUGGCCGAAUUGAUUCCUGGCUAUGCUUUCAAAGGUCAACCGAUCCCAGGAAUGCUUUGCAAGGUUUUCACUGUUCAAACAAUUGCCGCUGGUACUACCUUUGUUCAAGAUCAAAAGUUAGGGCAUUACAUGAAAAUUCCACCAAGAGCUACGUUUGUGGCACAGUUGAGCGCAGCUGUCUUGGCGUGUUUCGUCCAGAGUGGUACCAAGGAGUUAAUGUUCGCGAAUAUACCGGAUAUGUGUGCGGCUGGUCAAAAAUCACUCUUGACUUGUGCUUCUACCAAAGUCUUUUUCACAUCGUCUAUCAUCUGGGGACUCAUUGGUCCUGAUAGACUGUUUAGUAAAGGCUCAUUAUACAAUCCUCAAACUUACGCUUUACUUGUCGGCGCGGUAUUGCCCAUACCAUUCUGGUUUUGGGUAAGGAAAUAUCCUACGUCUAUAUUCCGAAACCUCAAUCUCCCGGUAAUUUUCAGUGGUGCUUUAUUCAUUCCUCCAGCUUCCGGAGUCAACUACUCAAGUUGGUUGUUGACCGGUUUCAUCUUUCAAUUUUGGAUACGAAGAAGGAAGUUCGCUUGGUGGUCCAAGUACAAUUAUGUCUUGUCGACAGCUUUGGAUGUCGGUACAGCAUUAUCAGCAAUUGCUAUCUUCCUGUUCUUUGGUCUGACAGGCACUUCUGUCAAUUGGUGGGGUAACACAGUCUACCAGCAGACUGCUGAUUGGGAUGGGGAUGGCGCUGCGCUCUAUACGGCACCACCCUCGGGUUUCGGUAAAGAUACCUGGAAAGUUUAG